GUUUGUUGCUCGAGACUCAGUCGCGCGGCACAGCGUAUCCUCUCGAAACACAAGACGAGUCACUAGGAUUACUGUCAGCGGCUCCGAAGCUGAACACAUAUUGUUUUUUAAAGAAAAUGUGCCGAUAUUUCUUUUCUGUUUGGGCACAGGCAAGAACAUUGCAUUUGACACUUUAAAAGCUCUUCUUGAAAGGGGCCGCACCUUCAGCUGAACAUCAUCAUCCAGCAAUCAUGCAGGAGUGAGAAGACACCAAGAACUCUGUUGAUUGUGAAGCUGAUCUACAUGAUCGCGUAGACCUGAAGGUCCAUGAAAACUGCUGAGCAGAAGAGAUCAAGAAAGACUGGAAGUCAAUCAAAGAAGUAAGGAAGGAAGGCUUGGUUGGAUUGGCUGAAGGAGGGAACCAAAGGGCUGGAUGCUAGCCUCUAUUCGUUCUAGAAGCUCCCAGGUUCCUCAGAGAUGGCCUCCAACUUCAAUGACAUUGUCAAGCAGGGCUAUGUCCGCAUGCGGAGCAGGAAACUGGGGAUAUAUCGGCGCUGCUGGCUGGUGUUUAAGAAGUCAUCCAGUAAAGGACCUCGCCGAUUGGAGAAAUACCCUGAUGAAAAGUCGGCCUACAUCAGAGCUUGUCCUAAGGUGACAGAAAUCAGUAAUGUGAAGAAUGUGACAAGAUUGCCUCGUGACACCAAGCGGCAAGCCGUGGCCAUCGUCUUCACAGAUGAUACUUCUCGAACCUUCACCUGUGAAUCAGAGCUGGAGGCUGAAGAGUGGUUUAAGACCUUAUCCAUUGAGUGCCUUGGGUUGCGUCUGAAUGACAUCAGUCUUGGAGAACCAGACCUUCUGGCUGCUGGCGUUCAAUGUGAACACACAGAGCGCUUCAACGUGUUCCUGCUGCCCUGCCCUAAUCUUGACAUCUACGGCGAGUGUAUGAUGCAGAUCACACAUGAAAACAUCUACCUGUGGGACAUUCACAACCCUCGCACAAAGCUAGUAACCUGGCCACUUUGCUCACUGCGACGCUACGGACGGGACGCUACACGUUUUACCUUUGAGGCUGGCAGGCUAUGUGACAGUGGGGAGGGCCUGUAUACUUUCCAGACACGGGAAGGAGAGCAAAUCUACCAAAGGGUUCACUCUUCCACACUAGCUAUAGCCGAGCAGCAUAAGAGAGUGCUCAUGGAAAUGGAAAAUAACAGCAAGCUCUUAUCUAAGGGUUCAGAGGGGACCUCCUACCCCUGCACCCCCACAGCAAUCUUACCACGAAGUGCUUUCUGGCACCACAUCACUGGAACACAGGCUGGGGUGGACUCUGCCAAUGGUGACAUUUUUGGUGAUAGUCAACUGGGAGCGGACACAGACCUCUUCUCUAAACACCUUCCUCCAGAACGUCACUCAACUCUUCCUGUGGGCCACGCCUGUUCCCAGCCCCCGACACGCUACCCCGUUUACCCCACAGAGUGAGAAACUUAGCAGAGAAACGUAACAGAUUUUACCUCUAGACCUCCCUCCACACUGCGUUUUGCUCUAAGUUUUUCCAUCAGCUCUUCUUCAUAAAGGGCCAAGGGCCAGAUCCAUGCUGCCUCAGCCAUCUCUGAGUCUGCCAGUGAUGCUGAGGGGACUUUCUGUGGAAAGAGGGAAUGCACUGUGAAGCUUGCAGUGCUUUGAUUGGAGCAGGGCCCACAGCCCCUUAAGACAGACUUGAUUGAUCAGUAAAAAUGCUUAUGUUUAUUGAACUGACUCUGUUGCCUUCUCAGUCCUAUGUGGACAGACUUGCUGGGUUUUUGUGGGAGUAGACACUAUAGGUCCUUAAUACUUAUCAGUAGUAUCUCGUAUUCUAACUCUUAAUGCACGCUUUUCGGCCCUAUGCAUGUCCCCUGAGGUUGACAGCUUAGCGAUGGAGGAAUUUCAUAGACACAUAUAGAAGUCCCCUUGAUGUGGUCUAAAUGCAAAGAAUUCUAAGAAACCAUGCAGACCCAGCAGAGGGGCCUCCAACUCAACCGAUUUUCAAAACUUUCAGCUUGAACAUUUCUGCUCUUCAAUAUGAGCAAUCCAGAAGCGUGUCUUGAUUAAAUGCUUUAAUCAUAACUUGAUUGGCAUGCCUGUAAAACCCCCCAAGCCCAGAGGACUCAAGCACUUUGUGAGGAAUUUCUAAAAUUGGCAUUUUGUACAUUUUGUCAGUUUUUCCCUCCUUUUCCUUUUAUUCAGAACAACUUACACAGAAUGUUAUAAUGUACAAAACUGUCUUUCCAGGCUGAGUCUCUAUGUUGUGUAUAAAGAAAGCCAUUUGGAUGAAUGUGAUUUGUUAAAUGCUUUCUCUUCUAGAUUCGUCCAUGUGAUUUAUGUUGUUGUUUACCUUUUCAAGGAGACCAAUCCACCAUAUUACCUAGAAGAUAUUGUAAGGGUCAGAGAAUGGGAAACAAAAUGUAUGGAUAUGCCCAGUUGAGGUGCAAGGUGACAUCUCUGUUUUUAUGAACUAUUUAUUUAUUUAUUGAAGUUUACCAACAAAGCACAAGACAAAUUGCAGUGUACAGUGGUUUUCUUUUUGCAGCUCAACAAUUCUGUAUUAUAAAGGGUUUAUACUGGCACUGCAAAUGAGGAGAGGAAUAUCUUAAAUCAGAUUGGAGGACUCACACAAGAAAUGUCUUUUGAUUUCUUUCUUAUUUCCAAAGGCAGUAAUUUCCAUGAAAUUAUGUGUAUCACCAAGGUUUACCAUUGUGAUUUUAUUUAGCAGAUAUUUACAGUAUAUUAUAUGGCUAUACUAUUUUUACGAUUUUCGACUCAUUGUUUCUGUCAUGCUGUAGUUAAUAGAUCAAAACACCUCAGUAUGCAGUUAGCACACAUGCUCUGACACAAUAAACCGGGUUGCUUACUCAAAUCAAUUUCCGAUUGUUCUCCAUGUUCUCUCCAUCAUUUCAUGUUGUCUUUCCACAAUCUAUAUCAAUACAUUUGUCAAAAAGGCUGAAAAUAAACAAGACAGCACAAGUAUGCAACUCAAAACAGCAUAUGUGCAGUCUCUGUGAAUGGUUGGUUGAACUUCUUUUCUGGCCCAGAUGAGGAGCAGCAUUACUGUAUUUGGCAGACACUAUUUAGUCAUUCAGUACUGGAAUUUAUUAACUCCUGUAUAUACAAUAAAGAAGACUACAUGUAGGAUAAUAGUAAUUAUUAUUAUUAUUUUAAUUGUCAUUUGAAUGUAUGUCAGCAAUUGAGCUUAUUUUCAAUAAACUGUUAAUUUUAUUUUGUACGAUUUUGAUUUUGAUGAUUUUGCAUUUAGAUAAAGAAAUUAUGGACUUUUUCAUAGUGUCCCCUACAACUUUUCCAGAAGUUAAAGCAUUUGACAGAAAUAAGAAGUGAUGCUGAAGUAAUUAUCAUUGUAAAUACAGGGGCAAUAAAAAGUAUGUGAACCCCUUGGAAUUAGUUGGUUUUCUGCAUCAAUUGGUCAUAAACCGUGAUCUCAUCUUCAUCAGAGACACAAGUACAGACAAACACAAUGUGCUUAAGCUAAAAACAGAUAAACAAUUAGAAUCUUUUCAUGUCUUUACUGAACACAUCCCUUUAAACAUUUACAUUGCUGUGGAAAAGUUAAGUGAACCCUUGAAUUUAAUAGCUGGGUGAUCUUCCUUUGGCAGCAAUAACCUCAACCAAGCAUUUCCAGUAGCUGUGGAUUAGACCUGCACAACAUUCAGAAGGAAUUU